AUGACCAAAAUGCUUGGCAGUGGGAAAUCACUAUCCAAAGCAUCAGCGACGUUUUCUGAAGCUUCAGGGAAAAGGUCAACCAAGCCUACAGUCAAAAUUAUGCCUCCUGAAAAACAGAUCCCUAUAUUAGCCCACUUUAUGCUUUUUUUAAAAAUACUUGCGGAGAUUGGGAAUAAGCCUGAUAAUAAGGCUCCAACUCCGAAAAUAAAGAUAAAGAUCAGCUUUAGCAUGAGGAGUGUGUCGUCCAUUUUGAUAUAA